UUUAUCAUCAGCGAAAGCAACCUGUUACAAAAAUUGUUAGUAUUUGUUUUCUGACGCGGAGAUUUCCUCCCACGUUGUUGAGUUGUGCGGUUCAGGUUUACAAUACGUUGGGGUUGUCGCGAGGUGGCAUGGACAGUUGUAUUUGACUCCCAAAAUUUCUGCUGAUUUCCUUGCAAACACGAUGGAUGGGGCUGGCGACAUUUCACCACAGAUAAUGUGGAAACCUGACAGAAGUAAACCCACACAACUCGACGAGCUGAGGGAAAGGAUUAACCAGAAAUACGGCCUUGAACUUUAUGAGUAUGAAGGCUUCCAUCAGUGGUCAUGUGACAAUUACCCAGAAUUCUGGGAGGAGGUAUGGGACUUUGUUGGUGUGGUGCAUUCACAGCCAUUCAAUCAGAUUAUUGACCGAACCAAGAACAUCACAGAUGUCCCUGAAUGGUUUCGUGGUUCCAGGCUGAACUUUGCGGAAAAUCUUCUGAGAUAUGAUGACGACAGAAUUGCUCUGUAUGCCUCAGGUGAGAAACAGAAGAGCAUCAGACAGGUGACCUUUAGAGAGCUACGGCAACACGUAGCACGAUACGCGGCGGCCAUGAAGAAGAUAGGAGUGAGGAGAGGAGACAGAGUUGUGGGCUACAUCCCUAACAUCUGUGAGACUGUAUUUGCCAUGUUAGCAGCAGCCAGUAUUGGAGCCAUCUGGAGUUCAACUUCUCCUGAUUUUGGAGUAACGGGAGUGUUGGAGAGAUUCUCUCAAAUCCAACCCAAGCUGAUCCUCAGUGUGAACGCCGUGGUGUAUAAUGGAAAGGUUCACAAUCACCUGGAGAAGUUACAACAAGUUGUCAAAGGGCUGCCUGACCUGGAAAAAGUUGUCGUUAUUCCAUUUGUACCUGAAUCUAGUUUAAACUUAGAUGAAAUUAAAAACAGCUGUUUGUUGGAUGAGUUUUUGUCCCUGGAUACACAAGACACCGUAGACCCAGUGCUGGAGUUUGAGCAGGUGCCCUUCAACCACCCGCUGUUUAUCAUGUACUCAUCAGGAACAACGGGGGCACCCAAGUGCAUGGUCCAUUCUGUUGGGGGAACUUUGCUGAAACACUUGGAGGAACACAUUGUACAAGGAAACAUGUCCAGAGAUGAUGUGAUUUUCUACUACACAACGGCUGGUUGGAUGAUGUGGAACUGGUUGGUAUCCAGUCUUGCUGUCGGAGCAUCUGUUGUCCUAUACGAUGGCUCGCCACUUAUCCCUCAUGUCAACGUACUCUGGGAUUUGGUGGAUGAAAUUGGAAUCACCAUGCUGGGAACUGGUGCAAAAUGGUUGUCUGUGUUAGAAGAAAAGGGAGCCAAACCAGGCAUGACCCACAGCCUCAAGAGCCUCAAGAUGAUCAUGUCUACGGGAUCCCCUCUGAAGCCUCAGUCAUAUGUAGUUUAUAGGGAGAUUAAGAAAGACCUUCUCCUGGCUUCUAUAUCAGGUGGCACAGACAUCAUUGCCUGUUUUAUGGGUCCAAAUUGGACACUUCCAGUCUAGGGUGAAAUCCAAUGCUGUCUUCUGGGUUGUGCCAUGUCAAGCUGGGGGGAGAAUGGCAAGUCCACUAAUGGGGAAGGUGGGGAACUGGUGUGCACCAAACCCUUUCCGUCCAUGCCAGUGACCUUUUGGAAUGACCCGGAAGGUGUGAAGUACAAAAAGGCCUACUUUUCAAAUAUCCAGGUACGAAAAUCAGUGCGUUCAUCGUCCCCAGGUGUGUGGGCACAUGGAGAUCACUGUAUGAUCAACCCUGUUACAGGAGGCAUCGUCAUGCUGGGAAGAAGUGAUGGCACCCUGAACCCUAAUGGUGUGAGAUUUGGUAGUGCAGAGAUCUAUAAUGUUGUUGAGGCAUUUAAGGAGAUAGAAGACAGCGUAUGUGUGGGUCAGCGGAAGAAGGACGGCACAGAGGAGAGGGUGGUGCUCUUCCUCAAGAUGGCCCCCGGGAGCGAGUUUACACCUGAGUUCAGGACGAAUGUGAAGAAUUCUAUCCGCGUCUCCUUGUCUUCCAGACACGUCCCCGCCUUUAUACUUCCCAUUGCCGACAUUCCUUACACAAUCAGUGGUAAGAAGGUGGAGGUAGCUGUCAGACAGGUUCUAAUGGGGCAGGAAGUGGUACAGAAGGGAGCCCUGGCGAACCCCAACUCUCUCAGUCUCUACUACAACAUUCCAGAGCUGCAGAACUUCUGAGCUGGACUCUUUUUCUCCCGAAUGACCUUGUCGUUUGUUUCCUUUUGAUAGAAGGAGGCAGAUUAUUCCUUCAAGGUGUGAACUAAGAUAUGCAAGUGUGGAAUAUGAGUAUUAAGGCUAUGUAUUGUUUCUCAUAAACAUAUUUACUGCUUUGUGGUGUAUUGUUCUUGUUUUCUGUUUUUAUACAGUACUGUGUAUUUAAAAAUUGUACAUUUAAUAUAUACAUGUAAGUCAUUCACAUAUGGUAGAGGUUAAGGGAGUUUAUUUAUUUAUUGAGCAUUACCUUAAGAAUGGUUUGAAUGCCAAAAUGGAGAAAAGCUAUCACCUUUUUGACUGAAAUGUUUGAUGGACCACUAUGCAAUUGCUGACUUGAACAUUUUUUUUUUUAUAAAAAUUUGAGAUAGGUUGAAGUUUUCUUUUAAAUUAUGGCGAAAUGCAGGGCAAAAUAUGAGAGUGUGAUUCACUGCAUUCAUUUUUCUGUGUGAAGUUUCUCUGAAAUAUGCCCAGCUUACGACUAUUGAAGGAUUAUCCCUGUAAAAAGUUUUUUAAAGAAAAGCCAAGAAACCAUUAAUCAGUUACAAGUUUAUAUUACCAUCAGAAGGUGAAUUCCAAAUCAGGAAGGUACAAUGUGUUUAUGUAGAUGUAUACAUACUUAUGACAAAAAACAGGAACAAAAAAAAAACCUUCUCCAUUUUUACAUUGUUGUAUUCUAAUUGUAACUUCCAUUCUCAUCAAGGUCAACUUUCAG